AUGAGGCUUCUCAUACUCGCUUUGCUGGUGGCUGUCUGCGUGAGCGCCGACUUGUUGGACCUCAAAAAGACGCUUGCGGUCGGAAGCCUCAAGGGUCUAAUCAAAGAAAAAGUGACAUCCAAGAUAAAAAAGACAAUGGAUCGCAUCAAGGAGGUUUUCAAUGGUAACAUGCUCGAAUUCCGGAAAAAGUUGAGCGGAUACAAAGACGCAAUUUUGAAGAAGCUUACUCUGAGCCCAGAGCAAAGAAAGGAGCUUGUGGAAAGGCUGAAGAUGUUCAAAAGGAAAACUAUCGAUCAAGUCUCACCAGCUGGGGACUCCAUUGAAGAGAUCAACUUGAGAAGUCAAAUUGCAGGAGCACUCUUCCAGGGAGAUAUGGUUCUUUCGAAGGAACAACAAGAUCAAAUUGCUGCGGAUGUUAGUGGAACUCGUACCAAACGGCAGACUUACAAUGAUAAAGAUUACCCUGGUAGAAGAUGGACGAAAGGAGUCAACUACUUUUUCGACAAAAGUGCAAGUGAAAAGGUUAAGAGUGUAUUCAAGAAAGCGGCGCGUGAAUGGAUGGAUAAUACCUGCAUCAACUUCACACAAAGCGAUUCCGCUCAGGACAGCAUUCGUGUGUUUAUGGAAGAUGGAUGUUGGUCUUUCGUUGGCAGACUUGGAGGCGUACAAAACCUCUCACUUGGCGAAGGCUGUGACUCGAUCGGAACCGCUGCCCACGAGCUGGGUCAUGCCCUUGGAUUCUUCCACACGCACUCGCGACAUGAUCGCGAUCGGUUCAUCACAGUUGACAAAGAAAAUAUCAAGCCUGACUGGCUAGACCAAUUCACACUGGAGACGCCGGCAACCAAUAACAAUUAUGAUUUGACAUAUGACUACGGUAGCCUGAUGCACUACGGAGCCACAAGCGCUACCAGAAACAAGCUGCCUACCAUGGUGCCAAAGGACGUGCAAUAUACACAGACCUUGGGAUCUCCUUUCAUUUCGUUCUACGAUCUUCUCAUGCUCAACACACACUACAACUGCACUGACGCUUGCAAAGGUAAAUACACGCGGUGCCAGAAUCACGGAUUCGCUCAUCCUCGUGAUUGUUCCAGAUGUAUCUGUCCUAGCGGAUACGGUGGCCAGUUCUGCGAGAAAAAGCCACAAGAUUGCGGUCGCGAAUUGUAUGCGACCAAAGAUUGGACACCGCUCGUCGACGACCUAGGCAAUCGGGCAGCCGGCGGUUUGCCGCGUGAGGACUUUAUGAAAUGCCACUACUGGAUCAAGGCCCCAUUCGGUAAAACGGUGCAAGUGAAAUUCGUAAACUUCACUGAUGGAAUUGCCGUCGAUGGAUGCACGUAUGCUGGAGUUGAAAUCAAAACACAUGAAGACCAACGUCGCACGGGUUACAGAUUCUGCUCAAAAGACGACGCAAACACCAUACUCAAUUCGACCUUGAGCACUGUUCCUAUAAUAACCUACAACCGAAUCUACGCCACUGUCACGAAGUUGGAGUACCGCGCAGUUUAG